ACAACAGUGCUGGCAGGCUUCUGUCAUCGCUUCAUAUAUUUGCCGAAAAUCGUUGUAAAACUCAAAAAGUUUUCAGAAAAUUAUAUCGCGUUGUAUACGCAAGCAUCCUCUGCAGCCGUCGAUAGUGUUAAAUUGUUUAAAUUCGUAAAAUCCAAGCGGAAAAGUGCUAUUCUUUGAAGCAGAAAAAUCCGACUCAUCGAUCGGAUAGCUGUCAAAAGUGAGAAAAUCGAAGCUGCCUUCGCAGGGACAUUUGUAUGUGUUGGUGCAAUCGCUCUCAGCUGGCGGUUUGUUUUUGUUUGGCUUCGAGUUUAGCACGAGUCGGUACGCAUUGUUUGUAAACAACUAGCACCCGGUCAGUCUACAGGUGCGCUUGUGUGUGUGUGCGUGUGGGUUUGUUUACACCGGCAGCCGGUAAACUUGUUGCUCGACCAUGAUGGAUAACGACAGCGAGAAUGAGAAUGAUCAGGAUAAUGAUAAUGACGACAACGAUAACGAUUAUGAGGGUGGGGAGCUCAACUUGGCGGGAUUCCUGUUCGGAAAUGUCGACGAACAUGGUCGGUUGGAGAAUGAUUUUCUAGACGAGGAAGCGAAACAGCAGCUGUCCUCGCUUUCAAGAAUGGGUCUUUCAUCACUCCUAGCCGAUCUGAUGCCGGACGAAGCCGAGAAGCCGAUAAUGAACAGCGACAGCGAUGAUUCUUCCUCGAGCGAUGACCGUAGGUAUUACGACAAUGAUGAUGAUAAUAACAGUUUCAAGAUGAAAGCGGAAGAUGCAGUCGAUUACUCGGACAUAAACGAGCUUGCGGAAGACCUGCCGGUUGCGAUUGAACCAUCCGAGGGCAAAAGAGGUUCCGGAGAGGAAGACGACUACGACGAUAUCGAGGCAGCCAUACCCGUUUCAAAGGUGGGCAUGAAGAGGGUAACCUCUGAGGAUGGACGCGCAAGAACUAGUGAUGAGGAUGAUGAUGAUGAUGAAGAAGAAGGCAAGGGGGUGGACGAUAAGGCACUUAUGCCUCCUCCCAGUGCUCCCGUCAGCGGAACGGAUGCCAAGGGUGAACUCGAAGAAGCAUCCGGGGAGAAAGCGAAAACUGAGCGAAAGCUAGACACACCUCUCGCGGCGAUGUUACCGUCGAAAUAUGCUAAUGUCGAUGUGAGAGAAUUGUUCCCUGAUUUCCGACCGGACAAAGUGCUGCGAUUCUCACGACUGUUCGGGCCUGGUAAAGUUUCAAGUUUACCGCAAAUUUGGAGAAGCGUUCGUCGCAGACGGAGGAAGAAACUUCAGAAGUCAAAAAUUCGGGAAGGCUCUGACUCAACCUCGGAUUCGGAUGAACCACGUAAGAGGCAUGGUUUCGAUUUGAAGUACGCACCCACUCCGUCCCGAGACAAAUGGAUGUCCGAUGACGAAGACAAAUUGUUAUGUAUCACCCGGGAGGAAGAGAAAGAAGAGAAGCAGGAACAGGAUAACGGUGGGGAUUCAAAACCAAAGGUAGCUGAUUGGCGUUUUGGUCCUGCUCAGGUUUGGUACGAUAUGUUGGAUGUUCCAGAAACGGGGGAAAACUUCGACUACGGGUUCAAACAAAGCGAUAGAAAGGAAGUGGUGGAAAUUAAAGGGGAACCCGUCCCAGAUGAUGCAUUUUUAAUGGUAUCUCAGCUACACUGGGAAGAUGAUGUGGUUUGGGAUGGCAACGAUAUAAAGCACAAAGUUUUGCAAAAACUUAACUCAAAAAUCAAUGCUGCCGGGUGGCUUCCUUCGAGCGGUUCUCGUACCGCGGGAGCAUUUAGUCAGCCGGGAAAAAGUAUGCCAGCAUCCCCGGCUGUUUCCGGUUCCAAAAUGUCCAAUUCAGCCCAAAGUAAGAUGACAAAAACUCAGAUGAUAAUCAAUGCUGCGCAAAAUAAGCAACAGGAAGAGAAUGACGACACGUGGUACAGUCUUUUCCCGGUGGAAAACGAGGAGUUGGUAUACAGCAAAUGGGAGGACGAGGUAAUUUGGGACGCUGAAGCGGUCACCAAAAUUCCAAAGCCAAAAGUGCUUACGCUGGAUCCAAACGACGAAAACAUCAUUCUGGGCAUACCGGACGAUAUUGAUCCGUCGAAAAUUAUUCGGAAUGUCGGUCCCACCCCUAAGGUGAAAAUUCCACAUCCCCACGUCAAAAAGUCAAAAAUUCUUCUCGGUAAGGCCGGGGUUAUUAAUGUGCUGGCGGAGGAUACCCCGCCGCCGCCUCCAAAAAGCCCAGAUCGGGAUCCUUUCAACAUUUCCAACGAUGCGUACUACAUGGCAAAAUCGUCAGAAGCAACGCUCAAACUCAAAGUGGGCGGAGGCAAUCUACUGCAGCAUUCCACCCCCGUUGUGGAACUACGUGCUCCCUUUAUCCCAACCCAUAUGGGUCCGAUGAAGCUGAGAAUGUUCCACCGUCCGCCGAUGAAGAAAUACUCCCACGGAUCGCUGGCUUCGGCAAAUCCGCAACCGGUACUGCCGUUGCUGAAACAUAUAAAAAAGAAAGCGAAACAACGCGAGCUCGAGCGCAUUGCUUCUGGUGGUGGAGAUGUUUUCUUCAUGCGUACCCCGGACGACCUUUCUGGCCGCGAUGGAGAACUGAUUCUGGUGGAAUUCUGCGAAGAACAUCCGCCCCUCAUGAACCAAGUUGGAAUGGCUACUAAAAUCAAAAACUAUUACAAACGUAAAGCGGCGAAAGAUUCCGGUCUGCCGGAAUUUCGCUACGGCGAGACCCAUAUUGCGCACACUUCACCCUUUCUCGGCAUUCUACAUCCGGGUCAGUGCGUCCAGGUGAUCGAAAACAAUAUGUACCGAGCGCCCAUCUACCAGCACACAAUCCCGGAGACUGACUUUCUGGUCAUCCGUACGCGAAACAGUUACUUCAUUCGGGAGAUCGAUGCCCUUUUCACAGCCGGCCAGGAGUGCCCAUUGUAUGAAGUUCCCGGACCAAACUCCAAGCGCGCCAACAACUUCGUUCGAGACUUCCUCCAGGUGUUCAUCUACCGGUUGUUCUGGAAGAGUAGGGACAACCCGCGCAAGAUUCGGAUGGACGACAUCAAGAAGGCCUUCCCGGCUCAUUCGGAGAGCAGCAUCCGGAAGCGUCUCAAGCAGUGCGCCGAUUUCAAGCGUACCGGAAUGGAUUCCAACUUUUGGGUCAUCAAGCCGGAGUUCCGAUUGCCCUCGGAGGAGGAAAUUCGGGCUAUGGUUUCGCCGGAACAGUGCUGUGCAUAUUUUAGCAUGAUAGCAGCCGAGCAACGUCUGAAGGAUGCCGGCUAUGGAGAGAAGUUUAUCUUCGCCCAGCAGGAGGAUGACGACGAGGAGAUGCAGCUGAAGAUGGACGACGAGGUGAAAGUUGCACCGUGGAAUACGACCCGGGCCUACAUUCAGGCCAUGCGUGGCAAGUGUAUUCUGCAGCUGAACGGGCCGGCCGACCCGACCGGCUGUGGGGAAGGCUUCUCGUACGUACGGAUGCCGAACAAACCAACGCAACAAAAUAAGGAGGAAAUCGAGAGCCAGCCGAAGCGCACCGUUACCGGUACCGAUGCUGAUUUGCGUCGUCUCUCGCUGAACAACGCCAAAGCGCUGCUCCGCAAAUUCCAGGUGCCCGAGGAGGAGAUCAAGAAGCUCUCUCGCUGGGAGGUCAUUGACGUGGUGCGCACGCUGUCCACUGAGAAAGCCAAAGCCGGCGAGGAGGGGAUGGAUAAGUUCUCGCGUGGCAAUCGGUUCUCGAUUGCCGAGCACCAGGAGCGCUACAAGGAGGAGUGUCAGCGCAUUUUCGACCUCCAGAAUCGAGUGCUGGCUUCGUCGGAGGUGCUUUCAACCGAUGAGGGCGAAUCGACCGCCUCGGAAGAGUCAGAUCUGGAGGAGUUGGGUAAAAAUUUGGAGAACAUGUUGGCGAACAAAAAAACCUCGACGCAGCUGUCGCUCGAACGGGAGGAACAGGAGCGACAGGAGCUGCUGAGAAAGAUUAUGGAGGAGCAAGGAAGCUCCAAAGGUGGCAAGAAAAAGGAUGAAGACUUGAAAGAUCUUCCCCAGACACCUACAUCAAAAAUCCUCAAAAUCACGCGCACUUUCAAAAACUCCGAGGGUCGCGAGUUUACCCGGGUUGAGAUAGUGCGCCGUUCACCGGUCAUCGAUGCGUACGUCAAAAUUCGUACCACCAAGGAUGAGGCGUUUAUUCGACAGUUCGCUACCCUGGACGAGGCCCAGAAAGAAGAGAUGAAACGUGAGAAACGUCGUAUCCAGGAGCAGUUGCGACGUAUCAAGCGCAAUCAGCAGAAAAUUGGCAUGAUGCAGCAACAGCAGCAGCACAGCGUCGGAACGCCCAUCAGUCUGGGUGAUCGUGAAACGCUGGGAAGCUCGAAAUCUAGCGGCAGUCUUUCGACGCCCAAAGAAGGCCAGAUGAAGGAGAGUAGCCCAUCGACGCGCAAGAAGGUUAAGCUGAAGCCGGAUUUGAAGCUGAAGUGCGGUGCGUGUGGACAGGUUGGUCAUAUGAGAACGAACAAAGCCUGUCCGCUGUACACGGGAACGAUACCGACACCAUCGCUGAAUGUGGCGCUGACCGAAGAGCAGGAAGAAGAAAUCGAAAAAGAACUGAACGCGGACGAUGAGGAUUUGGUCAAUGUAGACGGAACGAAGGUCAAGUUGAGUGGUAAGUUGCUGAAGCGCCACGAGGAUGUGAAGAGACGAACGUUGCUUCUGAAGGUACCGAAAGAAGCGGUUAAUAAGAAGCGGCGUCGAGGCGGAGGCGAUGUGAAUUGCGAUUAUCUGAAGAGGCACAAUAAAACAGCCAACCGAAGGAGGACCGAUCCGGUGGUGGUGCUGUCAUCGAUUUUGGAGCAGAUUUUGAACGAACUGCGCGAUAUGCCGGACGUUUCACCGUUUAUGUUUCCGGUGAAUGCGAAACAGGUAGUCGACUACCACAAAAUUGUCCAACGCCCGAUGGAUCUGCAGUCGAUCCGUGAGAACAUCCGUCAGAAAAAGUACCAAACACGGGACGAAUUUAUCGCCGAUAUCAAUCAGAUUGUUGAAAACUCUUCUCUUUAUAACGGCGCGAAAAGUUCUCUCACCCUGGCUGCACAGCGAAUGCUUCAGAAGUGCAAAGAUCGAAUGCAGGAAAAAGAGGAACGAUUAACGCGGCUGGAGAAGAGUAUCAAUCCGCUACUCGACGAUGACGAUCAGGUUGCGUUGUCCUACAUGCUCGGCGAGUACGUAAAUGGUCCGCUGAAGGCGAUGCCCGAGAGUUGGCCCUUCCUGAAGCCCGUUAACAAGCGGCUGGUGAAGGAUUACUACACCAUCAUACGGAGGCCGAUGGAUUUGGAGAAAGUUUCGAAGAAGGUGGCAACGCAUAAGUACCACUCGCGGGUGGAUUUCCUGCAGGACAUGCAGCUGAUCGCAGAUAAUUGCGAAACGUAUAACGGAAGUGAGGCGAAUUUCACCCGGCAGGCCAAACAUAUGGUGGAAGUAGUGCGACAGGCCUUAGAUGCGAUGGACAACAUGGCACAACUGGAGAAAAACAUUGCCCUGGUUCAGGAACGCGCGCGCAACGAGGCCGACAUCGAUUGGGAGGAUGAUGAACGUGAUUCCAAGUUCUUCCAGGGAUCCCGCGAUAGCUCUCCGGAUCAGGACUUUGGCGAAGUGGAUACUAGCAAUUUGGAACGUCCGUCGUCGGCCGCCUCGAUGGCAUCCGGUAGACCUGGGCCAAGAGGGUUGAUCAAACCGGGACUUGAAUCUAAGAAGGGUCGCGGUCGGCCAAGGAAGACCGCUAUACGGGAGGAGGAUUUCCCCGGUAUGACGAUGUCACAGAUUAUGAACGAGUUGCUGGUCAAGAGAUCUCGUGGUCGUCCUCGGAAGAAAAGCUACGGUACGCACGGUGACAGCAGUACGCAGAGCUUUCAGCACGGAUUCGGUGCUCGCGAUGAUGCUCAUGAGAUGAUGAUGGCCAGUGGUGCUGGAAGCGGAGGGACGGCAGGCGUUGGGUUCGAAGGUAUCCCUUCGAGCGCUUCCACACCGCUGCUGGCUUCCGAUCCGUCCGCCUCGGCUUUCGAGAUGAACUGGAUGGUUAACACGGGUACUUCCGUGGAUGGUAGAAAUUUAGCCGAUACUACUAAUAAUUCGCUUCCAUUCGAGCGCACCACUGAUACUUCUUAUAGUGAUGGUUAUCGAGGGGACAUGGGGCUUUUUGGGAGAGUCAAGCAAGGAACUGGUCAAUAUUCGUCGGAGGACGAUUUCGAGGAAGUCACCAACAGCGACAACGAGGGCGUCUCGGUUAUGCUGGAGAAAUCGAACGCAGCAUCCAUCUCGUCGUCGGUUCAGCCCCCGCAGGAUGAGGGCGACAGUCAGCAGGCUGCUGAAGCCAUGGUUCAGCUCAGCGGGACGCAGUACUUCUCCCAGACGGUGGAAGAAUCGAUGGAAAUCGAUCCCAACUAUGACCCCAGCGAUUUCCUGGGCAUGUCCGGCCGACAGUUGGUAUCCGAGAACACAACCAUCCAGGUGGAGCAGAGUGAAUCGAUCCAGUUCCAGUACCAGCAAAGUGCCACGAGCGCGUUCGACCCUAACUAUCCACAGUUUCAGCAUCAACAGCUGCAGCAGCAACAACUUCAGUUUGGAGAUCAGCAGCAGAUGUUGGUUGGUGAUGACCAGCAACAGCUGCAGAUGCAAAUGCCUUCGAUGGAACAGCAACAGCAACCUUCGGCCCUGCCACCGUUGCAAUCGCUGCAUAAGGAUCUUGCCAUCUCGGAUAGUGAUGACGAGCAGAACAAUUUGCAGAUGGAUAUAUUCAAUAACACGAAUGAGAAUGACGAUAAUGACGAUGGUGGAGACUUGUGGUUCUAAGCAAGUCGAUUGUGGAUGUUGUUUAAUAGAAAAUAAUACUUAUUAUACUGUUAUGAAGUACGGAAUAAAAGUCCUUGUGGUUCUAUACCCUAAUUAUAGAUAGAAUAUCA